AUGUGUCACGGACAUCCUAGAUAUCACUCGUGUGCGCAUACAUCACUCGUCUGGUAUUACUGCCCUUCAGCACACAUAGACCUGGAGACGGGCUUCGAAACACCUUGCCGCAAUGUCUCUUUUGCACCAGCCCAGUCAAGUCCGCUGUCAUGUCCUCUCAAGAACUGCCAGUUUGUAGACAAGGGCGGCAGCUGGAUAUGCUGCAAGUGCGGUCAAGGGCCCAACACCCAGGGCUGGUGCUCUACUCCCAUGGCCAACAUCCAAGAUGAUUUGGAUUCGUUGCAGUUGGAAGACGACCAAAGAACCUGUGACCACGGAUGUUGUGACGAUUGCAAGCGAUUCGGGCCGAGCCGCAGCCCUUCUCCAGAAAAACGGGCUGUGGAGUCUCGCAAGGGACGAUCACGCAAGUAUGGUUACGGAGCGUCGUCCAGAUCCCAUCGAUGCGAGUCGCCGUAUGCCAUGAUGAAAGGGCUAUCGCUUGAUAAAGGGUCAGAGUCUGGGAGCACGGCUGCUUCUUCAUCGUCGAGCAGUUCAUACGACUACCGUUCCAAGAAAUCCAAGCCAUCCAAGAAGAGUCACAAGUCCAAGUCCAGAAGCUGA